AAACUGCGCUGUUGGUAUCCUGGUCAGAUUAUCUCGCGCGGGCUCGUGUUCUAACUUAAGAGUGCCGGCAUUUUCAAAUUGUCAAAUGGAUUAAGUGUUUGUUACCUCAUUAAAAAGACAACAGUGUGAGUGACAAUGAGUUCGAACAAGUGGUUCGUGUUGAUCCUGACUAUUUCGGUGUUUAGAUUUAGUGCGUGUGGUGUGUGUCCUAACCCAUGUACGUGCAAGUGGAAAGGUGGUAAACAGACCAUGGAGUGCAUGGAACGUGGACUUAUUUCGAUACCGGAAAGUGUUAAUCCCGAUACGCAAGUGAUCGACCUGUCGGGGAACAAUAUUCAAAUAUUGCCUAGGGAAAUAUUUUUUCGUUCCGGACUAAUAAAUCUUCAGCGUAUUUACUUGAAGAACUGUCGUAUCGGCCAGAUUGAUGAUAUCGCGUUUCACGGUUUGACCAAUCUAAUUGAGCUAGACUUGUCGCACAAUUUAUUAACGGCGAUACCAUCGGGCACGUUCCACGACAUACCAUUUUUACGUGACCUAAUUAUUUCGAAUAAUCCCAUCCAAAAAAUCGACACAUUCGCGUUUCAAGCGCUGCACGGCUUAGUCAAACUGGACGUAUCGAAUUGCGAAUUGCAAACGAUAUCGCCUAAUGCCUUCGAUGGAAUCGACAUGCUGGAAUCCCUCAAGAUUAAUGGAAAUCGCCUUACCGAACUCCGACUGCACACCGUGGAAACGUUAAGCAGUCUAACCAGAUUGCACGGGAUCGAGCUGCACAACAACCUUUGGCACUGCGAUUGCCGCAUGCGACCCGUCAAAGAGUGGCUCGUCAACAACAACAUCCCCGUGCCCAUCUCCCCGAAAUGCUCCGGAGGACCGGAGCGGGUGGUCCACAAAACCUUCGCGGAGUUGCACGCGGACGAUUUCGCCUGCAAGCCGGAAAUGCUGCCAGUCAGUCGCUACGUCGAGGCCGUUAAGGGAGAUAAUGCCACUUUAACAUGCAGAGCGAAUGCAAUCCCGGCUCCGGUCAUACGCUGGUACUGGAACGGUCGUUUAUUGCUUAACAGCUCCGGAUUUAACGGCCAACAGCGUGUCUACAUAUCUGAGGAGGGCAAGCAGGAGAAGAGAAGCACGUUGGUGAUAACGAACGCGCAAGAUGUAGAAUCGAAUGAUUUUUACUGCGUUGCCGAGAACCGAGCCGGAAACUCGGAAGCCAACUUCACUUUGCACGUAUCAACUAAUUCGAUGGGCCUCAUUACGUUGGGAAACGGCCAAAUUGCUGCACUUAGCGCCGCCUUGGUAGUCCUAAUUAUAUUCAUCCUGAUCAUUAUCUCCAUACUAUUAUCGAAAUUACGACGAAUUCCUUUUACCGAAAGUAAGACCCCGGGACAAAUCGAAAUUGUCACCGUGGUAAACGGUUCCGCCAUCGCAAAUGGAAAAUCCAUCGGUUCCCCCACCCUCGCUCAACAGGAAACGUCUUCGUUUUCCGAAAGAAUCCAAUCGGAUGUUAAUUUCUGCAACCCCGUGCAGAAGCCCCCGAGGCUGAACGAGCUGCACUUUCCCACGUCGCAUUACAACGGCGGCAGCAGCAUAAUGCCGGGCUCUUGCUUUGUCUCGCCGUCAUCAAUCAACAACCCCGAUCUGAUCAACGACACCAAAGGCUUCGAGAACGACGAAAUGGUGCCCGUUGCGGUGGCAACGUCGCACGAAACGUCGUUAGGGGAGAUGGAGCGGCCGGCCAGCGGCGAGUACAGCAGGAACGUGGAUUCGCUGUACCCGAGCGGUCUCUGGGACAGCGACUCUCUCAGGAACUCGGUGACUCCCAACCUGACGGGCUACCAUUACGACGACAAGACGCCCAUCAUGGACGGGCAGAGCGUGGCCGGAUCGGCUGAAGAGCUCAGCUACAGGCUCUCGCAAGGAACCAACAGGGUGGUCGGCUAUCCAUCCGAUUACGGCCUGCCCAUGACUUCUUCGGAAAAGACGCUCAAACCGGCAGCCGCCAACCAAAUUCCUCUUCCUGCCAACGCCAAAACCUUGAGAGUGUGGCAGAAAGGUGGCGUUCCAGUCCUACCUCCCGUCACCGCUCUAAAGCGGGUCCUGACUCACAACAGGAACAGCCCCGACGAGGGUUAUCAAGAGGGCUGUGGAACUGACGUUUAAAUGCUCUCGGCAACCCUAAGGGUGCUUUUUAGAAAAAUAAAUAAAUCAACUACUUAAACAGUUUAAAAACUGUUGUGUUUAUUUUUCUUAAAAGCGA